AUGACAUCCUCACCCGGCCCGGUGCUCCAGUCAAGCAACCUCCUUGCCGGCUGGCCGUGUAAAAGCAGCAGGAUGCAGACCGGCAGAUCGGUGACACCCUCAAGACCGGCCUCGCUUCACGCAGCCAUAGCAGCUGGGCAUCACCCAUCGUUAUGGUGCUACCUGCUCGGACGACCAUUCAGAGUGCGUACCGACCACAGCGGCCUGCGCUGGCUGACGCGAAUGAAGGAGCCAGAAGUCCUGCCACGCAAACUGCAGCCCGAUGUUUUGCGCCAGAUGCACGAGGGGCCGGUUGGCGGACAUUUCGGUGUUGAGUGCACUGUGGCCAGACUUCAAAGCCGAUUCUACUGGUAUCACAUGAGAGAAGACGUGGCCCUCUGGUGCCGUACAUGUACAGACUGUGCCUGUAGGGUCAAAAAGACACCGCGAGCUGCCAUGGGAACUGUCAGAGUUGGUGCCCCCAUGGAGCGCAUUGCACUAGACAUUAUGGGCCCACUCAAUGAAACCGAUCGCAAAAACCGCUACAUACUCGUGAUACAGGAGUAUUUCACAAAAUGGACUGAAGCAUUUCCAAUCCCUGACGAAAAGGCUGUCACAAUGGCCGAAGUUGUAGCAACUGAAUGGGUGUGUCGCUAUGGAAUGCCUCACUCUCUGCACAGCGAUCAAGGACGCAACUUUGAGUCAGAAGUGUUUCAGGAAAUGUGCCUUUUGUUUGGGAUUGAGAAAACCCACACUACAUCCUUCAGACCGCAGUCAGACGGCCAACCUCCAGCCGUGUAUGAGGACGCCGCUGACGGGGGCGCCGCUGACGGGGACGCCGCUGACGGGGGCGCCGCUGACGGGGGCGCCGCUGACGGGGACGCCGCAGACGGAGAUACCGCUGCCUGGGGUGCUGUGGACCACUUCUGUCUGCAUCCGAUGCAGUUGGGUCCCUUCCAUCCUCUCCUUCCCAUGUCACCCGUGACCAUGGUGGGUGGGGGUGCGAAGGGAGGGUCACACCCCCCGCGCCCUGUGGAACUGCACUCCAGACGUCAGCGCCAAGCUCCGGACCGGUAUGGUGACUGGUUAACCAAGUAG